CUCCACGAGCGAGAGAAUCGCGGCGAUAUUAUCGUCGUGCCACGUAUUUCUAUACAUUCUCUAUGGAACCGUCUCCACACGGCGAUAUUAUCGCCGCGAUGCGACGAGUGGCAACGAGCGCGCGAAACGUCAUUACAUCGUUGCUAGCCGGCCGCGACUAGCAGCGGGCCCGCCGCGCUCUCGCGACGAGCGCGCAGCGGGCGCGCUGUCAAACGCAGCGUCAUUUCAGCGUUGCCUCUCGUUAUACAAGGACGUUUCGAGAAGCUUUUUGAACAAAAGUACAAUGUUUGACAUUGAAAAGUUUAUACUUGAAGUGAAAGAGAGACCUGCUCUUUACGAUGUUCAGUUGGCCGAGUAUCGAAACAGAGAAAUUAAGGCCAAGUAUUGGUACGAUGUGGGAAGUGCUAUGUUCACAGAGUGGGAUGACCUAACUUCUAAAGAAAAAAAAGAAAAAGGACUUAAGUUAAUGACAAAAUGGAAAUCUUUAAGGGAUCAAUUUCGUAAGGAGUUAAAGUUGCAGCAAUGUCCAAAAUCCGGUCAAGCUGCCUCAAAACGACGAAAGUAUGUUCAUUAUGAUGCAUUACUUUUUUUAAAGAAACACACAGAACACGCUUCAACAUCGUCAAACAUGAUCAAUGAGGACAGUCAAGAUGUUUUUGAUGAUGACGACAGUUCGGUUAAUACCAACCCUAGUGUUACGGAACCAUCCACGUCUAAUAAAAAGAAAACAUUAGUCCAAAUGUUUCUGGAAUCGAAUAAAGAGAUAUCGAGUGUUAUGCGCGAGAGUAUAGAUAUACAAAGAAAUAAUGUUCAACCACAGUAUCGCGACGAGCGUGGAAAUGAGGCAUUUUUCCGUUCGUUGCUACCACUUAUGGACAAAAUAAAAGAAGACUGUUUAAUUGAUGCCCGAACUGAGAUUAUGGCCGUAAUUAAGAAAUACACACCAUCAUCACAUACAUUUCUAGACUCUUAUUCUCGUACAUCUACACCAACAAGCGAGGACGAUAUUGCUCAAAUGUUAGAACACUUUGAUAGAAUGUGCAGUCAGUACGAGCAAACAAGGCGCUGGCUCCACCUCGUUGGUUUUUUGGCGAUUCCUUUGAGGUUACGCGCUUCAGUAAGAGAGUACGUCGCGGUGAGUCAUCACGAGCUCGUGGCUCAAGUGUUGUUUCUAAAUGCUUCGGGUCUAUAG